UUUUUCCCUUCUCAGACGCCAUAUGCACGCCUUCACCAGUCGACCCACUUCAUGUUGGACGGACUUGUGUUCCUCCUCUGUCAUUACUUCGGUUUAUCACAGGCUUUGGGAAUCUCAAACUUCUUCUCCCAACUAACGAAAUUACAUUUGAUUUUAGAGUGAUCGUCCAGCACACUCGGUGAACAUGUAGAAAUGGAUUUUAUGAGGCUGUUUGGCACCGUUAUCGCCGUUUUCUUCCAUCCUGGAUCCGCUUCUAAAAUAAAUGGCCAAAGGAUCUGUCGGCGUGGGACAGAGCGCCCAUGCUACAAGGUGUCCUACAUCCAGGACAGCAGGCGGAGGCUGACCUUUGAGGAUGCCAGUCAAGCCUGCAAACUGGACGGAGGGGAGCUGCUGAGUAUUGAGACAGAAAGCGAACAACAGUUGAUAGAGAGGUUUAUAAAACAGCUACAGGCUGGAGAUGGGGACUUCUGGAUUGGGCUUCGUCGCAACCCACAACACUUCAGACCAGGGACCACCAGCCCAGUUUGCCCCUCACAGUAUUAUUGGCUGGAUGGGAGCAAAGCCAAGUUCAGGAACUGGCAUUGGGAUGAGCCAUCUUGUGGUGGUGAAAUGUGUGUGGUUCUGUACCACCAGCCCUCUGCACCACCCGAUGAGGAAGGUCAUUUCCUGUUCCAGUGGAAUGACGACAACUGCAACUCCAAGAACAACUAUGUCUGCAAAUAUCCAGAAGAAAAAACACCAGUAUUUACUGAGGAAGGGAACACAGCACAUGCAGUUCCAACCUUGAGGUCAAACAUGUUCCCAACUACAGACAGUGAUGACAGGAUAAAUAUAGGGUUACCUGAAUCAUCUGUAUCUCUGUCAGACAGCAACCUGUUUGUUUCUUACAUCCUUUAUGCCACUAUUCCUGCCCUACUGCUGCUGUUGUUCGCAGUUGCUGGCUUCUUCUGCUAUAAACAACAUGCAAAAAGGUGGAAGACAAACAUAACAAACUAUCCCAGCCGGCCCAAGCCUUGGAUGUCAGGAACUGCUUCACCUUGCCCAGUACAAGGACCAUACGCCUUUAGUGACAUCACCAAACUGCCUCCCACUGCUCUGGAAAGCAGCAUGCCAGCAGACAUUAUGAAAAAGUACUCAUGUGCUCCUCCUCAGGACUCCCAGUGUGACGAUUAUGAGAAUGUGUCAUGUGCAGACAGGGAGAGUGGCUUUGUGACCAAUGACAUCUAUGAGACCUGCAGAGCUCAGACCCGACGUGCCCAAAGUCAGACUGGUUGGGUGGAAAAUGAGAUCUAUGGAUAACACUGUUGAUGCUUGUCUGGUCACUAUGAGUGUUCAUCUUAACCCGUACCGGCUGACAAAUAUGACCCAGCUAUACAAAGGAACAUUAUGUCCUCCAUCACCGUCCUUCCCCUACACCCUCGACACGUCCUGUAGUGCAGGAUGACUAAACAGGUGGUUGUGCACACUAUCACGACAUGUAUCUGUUUUUUAAUGGAUUUAGUGCAGCACCCUGUGCAUGAACCAAAUUAAGCCAACGGCAGGGUUUCACCAUUUUUGCCAACUGUGACCCACACUCCACUUCAUCUCAAUGUGCAAUUGUUUUCGUUAAAUAUUGUGCUUGUUAAAUUUGUUUUUAUCUCUGUGUACUUCUCUGUAUCUCAUUGCAAAUGAGGGAAACCUCAAUGAUUUUCUUAAAUAAAGGUUUGAAUUCAUGUA